AUGUAUACUACUACGUUUUUUUUUUAUCUUUUAUUCGCCUUCCCUAUCUGUCUUUUCCUACCUCUUCAUCAUAUUUCCUCCUCCCCGCCUCCGCCAUUAACGUCCCUUUCUCCAAUCCUUUUCUCCAACAACCCUACCUUCCGUUUUACUUCUUUUUCAUUACUUUUAUUCUUUUCUUUUUCUUUCAUCUUUCCUGUCAUUUUUAAUUUAUUUUUCUUCUUUUUUUCUUUCCUGUCAUUUUUAAUUUAUUUUUCUUCUUUUUUUCUUUCCUGUCAUUUUUCAUUUAUCUUUCUACCUUUCCUUCUUUUCAUUCGUCAUUUAUUUUUCUUCUUUUUUCUUCUUUUUAUUCGUCAUUUAUUUUUCUUCUUUUUUCUUCUUUUUAUUCGUCAUUUAUUUUACUUCUUUUUCCUUCCAUUUGUUUUUCAUUUAUUUUACUUUUAUCAUUCCUUAAAUUCUUCAUUUAUUUUUUCUUCUUUUUUCCUCCUUUUAUUCUUCAUUUAUUUUCUUCUUCUUCUUCUUCUUCUUCUUCCUUCCUUCCUUCCUUCCUUCCUACAUUCAGUCUUCCUUCCUUCCUUCCUUCCUUCAUUCAUUCAGUCUUCCUUCCUUCCUUCCUUCCUUCCUUCCUACAUUCAGUCUUCCUUCCUUCCUUCCUUCAUUCAUUCAUUCAGUCUUCCUUCCUUCCUUCCUUCCUUCAUUCAUUGUCUUCCUUCCUUCCUUCCUUCAUUCAUUCAUUCAGUCUUCCUUCCUUCCUUCAUUCAUUCAUUCAGUCAGUCUUCCUUCCUUCCUUCCUUCAUUCAUUCAUUCAGUCUUCCUUCCUUCCUUCCUUCCUUCCUUCCUUCAUUCAUUCAUUCAGUCUUCCUUCCUUCCUUCCUUCCUUCCUUCCUUCCUCUUAUUCUUCAUUUAUUUGUUUUCUUUUAUUCUUACUUUCAUUCUUCAUUUGUUUUUCUUCUUUUUAAUUCCUAUCUUUCUUCACUUAUUUUUCUACUUUUUCUUUCCUUUUAUUCUUUAUUUAUUUUUCUCUUUUUAAUUCCUUUUAUUUUUCAUUUAUUUGUUUUUCUUAUAUCCUUCCAUUCAUUCGCCAUUUUUCCUUUCAUUUUUCAUUUAUUUUAUUUCUUUUUCCCUUAUUUUCAUUCACUUCAAUUAUCAUUCCCUCUUUUUUCUUCUAAUCAUUCAAUUAUGUUGCUUCAUUUUCCUUCAUAUUAUCCUUCGUUUGUUUUUUCUUAUCGAUUCCUUCUUUUUCCUCUUCUUUUAUUUUUCUUUCUUUUCUUCAUUAAUACCAUCCUUCUGUUAUUUUUCCCCUUCAUUGACUUUUCUUUCCUUUCACAUUUCAGCUCCCUUUUUUCUUUCUUUUCUUCAUUAACUGUCAUACUACAUUUAUUUUUCUUCUUAUCAUCCAUCAUUUAUUUUUUCCUUUGUUUUCUUCCGAUCAUAAUUCCUUUCUUUAUCUCUUUCCUAUCAUACUUCAUUUAUUAUCCUGCAUUUUUCUUCCAUAUUAUCCUUCAUAUUUUUCCUUUUUCCUUCCUGUCAUUCUCUAUUGUUUCUUUUUUUUUUUCGUUCCUAUCAUACUUCCUUUACUCUUUUUUCUUUCACAUUAUACUUAAUUUAUUUUUCCUUUUUUCUUCUUCUUCUUAUCAUACUUAUUUAUUAUAUUAUCGUUCAUUUAUUCUUAUUCUUUCUGGUCAUGAUACAUUUCUUCUUCACCUUCUUUAUUCUUAA